GUGCUGAACGCCUAGGAAGGGUGGAGGGGUGGUGAUUUGCCUGACGGACCGAGUACGGGUGCCGGGCUGGUUCUUGCGGAAGUCCAUGCGCCAUAGGGAGGGCCGCAGUGGCUGCUCGGUGCCCUUGUUGCCGAGGGCCUAUUCCUAGGUCAUUCCUGGAGCAGGAACUGGCGUGGGGCUGACACCGGGGGCCCGCGCGUGGCCGUCUCGGUGCCUGGGUGGCCUCGUCGCCUGCGGGAUGUGGCGCCUACGCCGGGCCACUGUGGCCUGUGAGGUCUGCCAAUCCUUAGUGAAACAUAGUUCUGGAGUGAAAGGAAACUUGCCACUACAAAAACUACAUGUGGUUUCACGAAGUAUUUAUCAUUCUCAUCGUCCUACCUUAAAACUUCAAAGACCUCAAUUAAGGACAUCAUUUCAGCAGUUCUCCUCUCUAACUAACCCUCCUUUACGCAAAUUGAAACUUUCUCCAAUUAAAUAUGGCUACCAGCCACGCAGGAAUUUUUGGCCAGCAAGAUUAGCUGCAAGACUCUUAAAACUUCGGUAUCUCAUCCUAGGAUCUGCUGUUGGGGGUGGCUAUACAGCCAAAAAGACUUUUGACCAGUGGAAAGAUAUGAUACCUGACCUUAGUGACUAUAAAUGGAUUGUACCUGACAUUGUGUGGGAGAUUGAUGAGUAUAUUGAUUUAGAGAAAAUUAGAAAAGCCCUUCCAGAUUCAGAAGAUCUUGCAAAGUUGGCACCUGACUUUGAUAAGAUUGUCGAAAGUCUCAGCUUAUUGAAGGACUUUUUCACCACAGGUCACAAAUUGGUUAGUGAAGUCAUAGGAGCUUCUGACCUACUUCUCUUGUUAGGUUCACCUGGAGAAACUGCAUUUAGAGCAACAGAUCGUGGAUCUGAAAGUGACAAGCAUUAUAGAAAGGGUCUGCUUGGUGAGCUCAUUCUCUUACAACAGCAAAUUCAAGAGCAUGAAGAGGAAGCGCGCAGAGCCGCUGGCCAAUAUAGCACGAGCUAUGCCCAACAGAAGCGCAAGGUGUCAGACAAAGAGAAAAUUGACCAACUUCAAGAAGAACUUCUACAUACUCAGUUAAAGUACCAGAGAAUCUUGGAACGGUUAGAAAAGGAGAACAAAGAAUUAAGGAAAAUAGUAUUGCAGAAAGACGACAAAGGCAUCCAUCAUAGAAAACUUAAGAAAUCUCUGAUUGACAUGUAUUCUGAAGUUCUGGAUGUUCUGUCAGAUUAUGAUGCCAGUUAUAAUACACAAGAUCACCUGCCAAGAGUUGUUGUGGUUGGAGAUCAGAGUGCUGGAAAAACUAGCGUGUUGGAAAUGAUUGCUCAGGCACGAAUAUUCCCUCGGGGAUCUGGGGAGAUGAUGACUCGUUCUCCAGUUAAGGUAACUCUGAGUGAGGGGCCUCAUCACGUCGCCUUAUUUAAAGAUAGUUCUCGAGAGUUUGAUCUUACCAAAGACGAAGAUCUUGCAGCAUUAAGACAUGAAAUAGAACUCCGAAUGAGGAAAAAUGUGAAAGAAGGCUGUACUGUAAGCCCUGAGACUAUAUCAUUAAAUGUAAAAGGCCCUGGACUGCAGAGGAUGGUACUCGUUGACUUACCAGGUGUGAUUAAUACUGUGACAUCUGGCAUGGCUCCUGACACAAAAGAAACUAUUUUCAGUAUCAGCAAAGCUUACAUGCAGAAUCCAAAUGCCAUCAUACUGUGUAUUCAAGAUGGAUCUGUGGAUGCUGAACGCAGUAUUGUCACUGACUUGGUCAGUCAAAUGGAUCCUCAUGGAAGAAGGACCAUCUUUGUUUUGACCAAAGUAGACCUCGCAGAGAAAAACGUGGCUAGUCCAAGCAGGAUUCAGCAGAUAAUUGAAGGAAAGCUCUUCCCAAUGAAAGCUCUAGGUUAUUUUGCUGUUGUAACAGGAAAAGGAAACAGCUCUGAAAGCAUUGAAGCCAUAAGAGAGUAUGAAGAAGAAUUUUUUCAGAACUCAAAACUACUGAAAACAAGCAUGCUGAAAGCACACCAAGUGACUACAAGAAAUUUAAGCCUUGCUGUGUCAGAUUGCUUCUGGAAAAUGGUACGAGAGUCAGUUGAACAACAGGCUGAUAGUUUCAAAGCAACACGUUUUAACCUUGAAACUGAAUGGAAAAAUAAUUAUCCUCGCCUGCGAGAACUUGACCGGAAUGAACUAUUUGAAAAAGCUAAAAAUGAAAUCCUUGAUGAAGUUAUCAGUCUGAGCCAGGUUACACCAAAGCAUUGGGAGGAAAUACUUCAACAAUCUUUGUGGGAAAGAGUAUCAAGUCAUGUGAUUGAAAACAUCUACCUUCCAGCUGCACAGACCAUGAACUCAGGGACUUUUAAUACUACAGUGGACAUCAAGCUUAAACAAUGGACUGAUAAACAACUUCCUAAUAAAGCAGUAGAGGUUGCUUGGGAGACUCUACAAGAAGAAUUUUCCCGCUUCAUGACAGAACCAAAAGGGAAAGAGCAUGAUGACAUAUUUGAUAAGCUUAAAGAGGCUGUUAAGGAAGAAAGUAUUAAACGCCACAAAUGGAAUGAUUUUGCAGAGGACAGCCUGAGGGUGAUUCAACAUAAUGCUUUAGAAGACCGGUCCAUAUCUGAUAAACAGCAGUGGGAUGCAGCGAUUUAUUUUAUGGAGGAGGCUCUUCAGGCUCGUCUCAAAGAUACUGAAAAUGCCAUUGAAAACAUGAUAGGUCCAGAUUGGAAAAAGAGGUGGUUAUACUGGAAGAAUCGGACCCAAGAACAGUGUGUUCACAAUGAAACCAAGAACGAGUUGGAGAAGAUGUUAAAAUGUAAUGAGGAGCACCCGGCUUAUCUUGCAAGUGAUGAAAUAACUACCGUCCGAAAGAACCUUGAGUCUCGGGGAGUAGAAGUAGAUCCAAGUUUGAUUAAGGAUACUUGGCAUCAAGUUUAUAGAAGACAUUUCUUGAAAACAGCUCUAAACCACUGUAACCUUUGUCGAAGAGGUUUUUAUUACUACCAAAGGCAUUUUGUAGAUUCUGAAUUGGAAUGCAAUGACGUGGUCCUCUUUUGGCGAAUACAGCGCAUGCUUGCUAUCACAGCAAAUACUUUAAGGCAGCAACUAACAAACACUGAAGUCAGGCGAUUAGAGAAAAAUGUUAAAGAGGUUUUGGAAGAUUUUGCUGAAGACAGCGACAAGAAAGUUAAAUUGCUGACUGGUAAACGAGUUCAGCUGGCUGAAGACCUCAAGAAAGUUAGAGAAAUUCAAGAAAAACUUGAUGCUUUCAUUGAAGCUCUUCAUCAGGAGAAGUAAAUUAUAAUAAAUCCUGCUCAUAAUGUAAUUGCCUCUGCCUACAUUUGAAGAAAGGAAACUUCUAAGUCUUUUGCUGUUGUUCUGCUAUUCUGCCUUUCUAACAUAAAAUAAAGUCAUGGGAUAAAAAUAAUUUUAUGUGUGUUAGAGGCACUUCAACCAUCAGGUGCCUUUUGAAUGGAAGAACAGUGGAAAUGGCAUUAGCAUGCUAUUCUAUUGCAUCAGAGUGACAAAUUGGGAUAAUAUGAGUGGUGUGACCAUUAGAUUCAAUCCUUGAAGAUAAGAAAUUUGCCCUCCUGUUCAUUAUUUCAUUUAUGGUGGCAUUGGUUCAAUGAAUUCAUUAGUUGAUGUGACUUGAUACAAUUUAUUUUCCAGAAAAAGAAUGCUAGGUGUUUUGAAGUAAAAUUUAGAAAUUUCUUAAAGCUAUCAGUGUAUAUAAAAUGAUUGUAACC